AUGUGGAAGCUAAAUCAGUUCAUAUCAGGUGAUGAUGGAGAGAGAGAAGAGAGUUUUUUGGAAGAAGAAUCAGAUGGGAUUUGUUCACUUUCUCCUACGCAGAGAAUGUAUGCAUUUGCUGCUUCUUUGGCCGCUGGUUUGAUUCUUAUGUUUCUGUCCUUAAUUGUCUUUGCCAAGCCCAUCAAAUUUGCAUUAUUGUUCACCUUUGGCAAUGUGUUGGCAGUUGGAAGCACAGCUUUCCUCAUUGGACCUGGGCGACAGUUAGGUAUGAUGUUUGACCCUGUCCGCAUCUAUGCAACAGCAAUUUACAUCGGAUUCGUUGUUCUGGCUCUCAUUUGUGCUCUCUUGAUCCAUAGCAAGAUUUUAACAGUGUUUGCAAUCAUAUUUGAGAUUUGUGCCCUUAUCUGGUACAGCCUGAGUUAUAUUCCUUUUGCUCGGAGAAUGGUGUCUAAUUUGAUGAUCCGAUUAUGUGACACUGAGUUAUAG